UUGUGCCAAAAUGGCUGAAAGAAUUGAGAAAGACAGAUUUGAGAUUUCCUCGACAAAUAUACGAAUAUAAUCUUUCGCUUUUACUUUGUGCAGACUGGUUGAAGGAAAUGAAAGCAUUCUAGCAACAAACCAGUGUUAUGUUUGGCAUACUGCACAAUGAUCUCAUAUCCAUAAUGGAAUUAAAGUGAACUUGUCUCUAUGACGUUUCCCUGGUAAUAAUUCGAAAAGUUGCUAACAAUCUUUAAUUGAAACCUCAUUGUGUUCAAGGCUGCUGUUCAUCUUUAAUGGGAGGCUUAAUUACACAGGACAUUGCAGAAAAUAUAUAACCGAAUUGUUCAAUUCAGCUCAUGCACAUUUUACACCCAAACCAAUUGGGACGGAGUUCCUUGUUGAAAGAGGCCAUCUUCCAAAAUGCCCCAAAAUGAAUGGUGCAAAUCUUAUGUCUACGUCCCCUGUCAAUCAAUCCUAUUCUUACUCGUGAUUGGUGGAGAUAGUUGGGAGAAUAUCUCUCGAUCAAACUUUUGAAGAUGAUUGUUGGGAGAAUAUAUUUUGAUGGAAGCUUUAGUACUAUCAUGAGUCAACGAUGAAAAGUGAAAAUCUCUCAACGUAUUUUUCAAUUAAAACUGCUCUUUCCAACAGUUUACAGUCAUAUUAGGAACAUUACAGUCGCAAAUAGAUAAAGAAGAGUCCCUCAAAGCCCUUUUUCGCCGAAUUCUUUGCGUGGAAAAGGUGUUGGCUGCACGAUUUAUAAACCUCAUAGUGGCCUUGCAAUUUUGUGGUCCAAAUGGUGUUCUUCCUCGGAUUGUGAAUGGAACGGUGACUCAGGAAGCAGAUGUCCACAGCGUGCCAAGUUUAGCAUGACUAUUAAAUAUGUCAGGAAAUACGUGGGUUGUAACAGCAGAUGAGAGGCAAAAGCAUGAGUCAACCUUCUUGUCUUUGAAACCAAAAAAUGGACGGAUAACAGGUGAACAAGCAAAGAAAUUCUUCUUAUCUUCAAACUUACCACCAGCAACAUUGGGUCAGAUAUGGAAUCUGUCAGAUUUAGACAAGGAUGGUCAGAUGACCCAGCAGGAGUUCUCGAUUGCAAUGCACUUGAUCCAGUGCAAACUAAAGGGCAUCAACCUUCCAACAUCUCUUCCCCUCAGCCUCAAAACCUCUUCCCGUGGGACUGUUGGAGCCUCACUCCUUAAUCCUGUUGAAAAUGGUUACAAUUCCCAAACAGCCAAUCAGGGCAGCGGUUGGUCAUCGACAUUGACCACUGGCCCACAGCAAGCACAACCAGCAACUGGGUGGUCGGUUGGGCUAGCCUCGAGUUUGCCCAUGCCGCUACUCCCAGUUAACAGCCAAAUGCAAACCUCAGCUGCCCCACCUACAUCAAGACUUCCCACCUCAUCAUCACAUAACUUUACGCCAAGUUUUGGGAUGCCAACCUCCAAUGGUCUCAACAUCUCGUCCAUUCCAAUGUCAACGUCAAAUUCACUGAUCAACCCAGGCACAUCACCAAUGGGAAUGCCUGCUUCAACAAUGUCGGGCAUAGGGCAGCCAUUACGGCAACAUCCAGCAGCAAGGACAGGAUCAUUCACAAGUAUGGCUCCACAAGCUGGACCAUCUUCGGAUUCAUCGAUAACAGCAAUUCCUGCAAACUCGAGGCUGAAAUUCAAUCAAUUGUUCAAAGCCAACGACUAUGACAAGACAGGGUUUUUAACAGGGGAACAAGCCAGGAAGAUAUUCCUGCAGUCGCAUUUACCUCCUCAAAUUCUGGCCCAGAUUUGGGAUUUAAGUGAUGUUGACAAAGAUGGACAAUUGAGCAUGGAAGAGUUUGCAAUAGGAAUGCAUCUUGUAGAGUCAGCAAAAAGUGGCAAACUUCUGCCUUCAGUGCUGCCCACAAGUUUACUACCUCAGCAUUUCAAGAAAACUAUGUCAGAGAGUAUGGAGUCUGAGAGCAUCGAAGGCAUGCAGGGAGGACAGAUAGCAAGGCAGAGGUCUGUCAGUACAUCCAGUGGUAAUGAUGAACUGGCUUUUCUCAGAUCAGAGACAUUUGAAGAUAAGCGCAAGCAAAACUUCGAACGAGGAAGACUGGAACUGGAGAGGAGGCGUCAGGAAAUGGAGGAACAAAGAAAGAAACAGAAAGAAGAACAGGAACGCAAGGAAAGGUUGGAAGAAGAAAGAAGGCAACGAGCCAAAAUCGAGGCAGAACAGAAAAGACAAGCUGAGAUCGAGAAACAACGUCAACAACAGGAAGAGAUGGAGCGAGAACAAGAAGCAUUGAGAAAGAAAAUGAUUCAACAACGUUUGCAAGCCCAAAUCGAGGCUGAACGACAGCGGCAGUUGGAAUGGGAGAAAAGAAAGAAAGAGGAGUUGUUGAAUCAUAAAAGUUUAGAGAAAGAUAUCGUGACAGGAUUGCAAGUUAGGAAAGAUAAGAUGGUCUUGGAGAGGGAGAACUUGGAGAAAAAGAUGGAGUCGCUACGCGAAGACUUGGCAAAGAAAAAGAACUUCUACUCGGAUUGUAUUGCCGCUACAGAUGCUUUGAUAAAAGCCAGGGAGAGAAAAAUCGCCGAGAUUGCUGACCUCGAGAAUAAAAGAAAACUUUGUAAACAACAGUUACCUGGUCUCAGCAGUGAGCAAGACAGACUGCAAAGGGAGGUAAACAAACGAGAAUCUAGCAUAAUGGACGAAGCGUAUGGUAACGCACUCUCGAGUAUUGAAGACACGACUUGUGGUAUUCGUAGGCAGGUGUCGAAUAAAAAUAAUCUCAUCAGCGAACUUGAGACGAAACGAAAAAUGAUGAUUCAGUUGAACGAUCAAUUGAAGCAUAUUCGUGCAGAACUUCAGGGUCAAAUGGACGAGAAUAAUUCACUACGCCAGUCGUUGGAAGUGAAGAAGAAUGAAUAUCAGGCGAUGAAACUGACGCAAGAGGAGGAAAGGAAGAGAAAACACGAGGAAGAUCUGAGGUUGAAAAGAGAAGCUGAACAAAAGAGAAAGAAAGAAGAGGAACAAAGAAGACAGAAAGAACGAGAAAUGGAAGCGAUGCAUCUGGAGCGAGAAAGGCAACGUCAGGAGCAGGAACGGCGACAGAAACUGCAAGAACAGAAGGCAGAGGAGGAGAGACAGCAAAGACUGCGACAAGAACUCGAACGACAGCAAAGAGUUAAAGAACAACAACGUAUCGAUGAAGAAAACCGAAGAAAAUUACAAGAGGAACAAAGGCUUGAGCAGGAAAGACAGAAACAGCAAGAACAACAGCAACAACAAGAACGGUUAAGACAACAGGAACAACAACGCGCUGAAAAAGAGCGCCAACGUAAACAGCAAGAAGCGAACGAGGCGAAGAAGCAGGUGCAGUUACGACAAGAAGACUUGGUGAAUAAAGACAAGAUCGUGCAGGAACAAGCGACAUUGCUCGCCAAGCCAUGGAAACCAACGAAACCACCACCUUACAAUAAGGCUGAGAAAGAAGCUGAGGUUAGGAAAAAGGUUCAGGAAAUGCAGAGAAUACGAAACGAACAGAAAAAGGAAAAAGAACCAGCUCCAGCCCCGCCAGCCUCCGAAUCCUUCCGGAAUAAGAAAGAAUUUUACAAAGUUGUCUACCCGUUCGCGCCAAGAAAUCCUGAUGAACUGACGUUGAAUGAAGGAGACCAAGUUACAGUUUUCCCGGAUAGACCUAAAGUUCCACCAGGAUGGUUAUUUGGUUCAUGCAAAGAAAAGGAAGGACUGUUUCCAGCAAAUUACGCUGAAAAACUUCCUCCGAGUAAAGGAGAUUAUGUUGAACUUAAUCCGGCCGCCACGAAUACGGCGCAGCAGCCAGCUGCCGCUAGUGCUGGACGCUCAGUCAGCUCCAUCAUUGCAGCCUUGAACAGUCAAAAGGAGUUACCCAUUGCCAUGCCUGUCGUAGCUAAAGAAGACGUGCUUGACACCAAGGAGAGCAACCAAACUCCUGCAAUUACACCGACGAACCAAAAUUUGACGGUGUUUCCCGAUGGAUUACAAGCUGUUGCAUUGUAUCAGCAUCGAGGCAAGAGCGAUGAUGAACUCAGCUUCAAUAAAAAUGAUCUCAUCACUUUAAAAGAACAGAAAGAUAUGUCUUGGUUAGGGGAAUGUAAUGGGAAGAGCGGUUGGUUUCCAAAAUCGUACGCGAAGCUUGUGAGAGGACAGCGUCGGGGAGAAGGAAGCUCAAGCGAAGGCCCUGCUGACAAGUCUGCAGUUCAGAUUCCCUCACCCGGAUCGUCUGCCUUCAAGGAGGUGACGGAAAACCGAGCGAAUGAACCUGCUGUAAUAGGAGAAUGCAUAGCGUUGUACACGUAUAAUGGCGAAUCGGGUGAUCUGAGUUUCCAGGAAGGUGACGUCAUCAGUAUAACGAAGUCAGAAGGUGAUUGGUGGGAAGGCACGGUUAACGGUCAGACGGGAAUAUUCCCGGCGAAUUAUGUGAAGAUGAAAGAAAGUGAGGCGCAAAAAUCGGCUUCGACAAAACGACCAGAAAUCGCGACAGUGACGACAGCCUACACAGCGACGGGUCCCGAUCAACUGUCUUUAGUUCCCGGGCAAUAUAUAGCAGUGAAAGCGAAGAAUGCGAAUGGUUGGUGGGAAGGUCAACUUCAGGCUCGUGGCAAGAAACGGCAGUCAGGCUUGUUCCCUGGAAACUGCGUCAAACUACUGAGCAGUGGUGGAACCUCAACAGCUGCAGAUGGAACAGCAUCGCGUGGUGCAGCAGUUGCAUCGGCAACAUCACAAGAUGAUAUUUAUUCCGUUCCAAGUUCAAAUAAACGCGCAGAAACGUUGGAUCAAGUGCUCGCGAUGUUUUCAUACACGGCGCAAAAUGCGGACGAACUUACUUUCUACAAAGGAAGCGUUAUAACCGUGCUCGACCGUAAAGGGGACUGGUGGCAAGGGGAAUUGAAUGGUCAUGUUGGCGUGUUUCCAAAUAAUUACGUGCAGCCGCUGACCGAUCUGCCGACGACAACGCAGUGGACUGGGACAUGGGAUCGGAAAUUGUUGGACUCCAUGACUCUCGUAGAACGGGAUAGACAGAACUGUAUUUAUGAACUUAUCAAUAGUGAACAAACAUACGUGGACGACAUGAGUCUAACGUUAGAGGUAUUUUACAAUCCAAUCGCCACAUCAAAUCUUCUUAGUGAGAAUGAAUUAAACACGAUCUUCGUCAACUGGAGAGAGUUGAUCUUUUGCAGCACGAAAUUACUCAAAGCUUUUCUUGUAAGAAAGAAAAUGAACAAUGAAGGUCAAAUUUAUAUCAUUGGAGACGUUCUUUGUGAACAGCUUCCUCGGCUAACUCCGUACAUCAGAUUCUGCAGCUGUCAACUCAAAGCCUGCAAACUUCUUCAAAACAAAAUCGAAACCGUACCAGAGUUCAAGGCUUUUGAAAAGAAAUGCUGUCAGGACUCACGUGCUCGUGGCCUACCUCUCAGUAGUUAUCUUUUAAAGCCUUUACAAAGAGUCACGAAGUAUCCAUUACUUAUACGAAAGAUUCUUGAAGACACGCCUCAGAUGCAUUCGGAUCGAGGAGAUUUAGAAAUUGCUUUAGAGAAGGCUGAAGAUCUUUGUCGACAGGUAAACGAAGGUGUGAGGUCACAAGAAGACACAGAUCGUCUGGAGUUUAUGCAAACUCACAUCACUACUGAAGGAUUAGACGAGAAACUUAUUUUCAACUCGCAAACUAAUUGUCUUGGUCAAAGAAAAUUCGUCUACGAAGGAACACUGUACAAGCACAAAAGUGGUAAAGAACUUCAAGCGUUCCUCUGUAACGACUUUCUACUUCUUACCCGCGAAAACAGUUCUUUGGCAAAGAAAAUUAGUAAAGAUUCGGAAAAGCAAUACGUCCUGUAUCAGCCGCCAAUCCGAUUGAAUGAGAUUACGGUUAAAGUCCCUGACCAAAACAUGUCUUGUAUUUCUACAGGUGAAGAAACUUUAUUCCAAGUGUCGCACAUUGAUCGGGUUUAUCUAUUGCGAGCUGAGACUAAGAAUGAAAGAAUAACGUGGGUGCGGAAACUGAAGAAAGCUUCUGAAGAUUAUAUCGAAACAGAGAGGAACGAAAGACAGAAAGCUCAUAGAGCGAGGUCCUUCCGCGCCGACAAUAUUGGCAAACUGGUUGUAUUAAUCAUGGAAGGAUCUGAUCUUAAAGCUACUGAUGUUAAUGGCCUGAGUGAUCCUUAUUGUGAAGUCAGUCUUGGAGGUCAGGAACACAAGACGAAAGUUAUCACGAACUCUCUUAAUCCAAAAUGGAACUCAUCGAUGCAAUUUUCUCUACGAGAUCUCAAACAAGACGUUCUGUGUAUAUCUGUGUUCGACCAAGAUAUGUACUCGCCUAACGAUUUUCUCGGUCGAACCGAGGUCCCUGUGGCGAGCUUGCUCAAGGACGGAAAGGGCCCCUGGGAAAAACGUCUACUGUUACAUGAAGUAACCACUGGCGAACUGCUUGUAAGACUAGAACUUCAAUUGUACAAAAGUGGGAAGUAGAUAAACACAAGUCCUUCAAAAUCGAGUGCAUGGUUUUUGCCAUACAACUUAUACAACAUUUGUCUUGGUCGCCCUGUGGGCCACUUUAUAUAAUAUAUACAUACAGUUCGCAGUUUGGCGUACGGCUUGUCAAAGUUUGACAACGCUACAAUAUCAUUAUAUAGUUAAAUUUGAAAUUUUAAUGAACGAAAAUGGUAGGAAUAUUUUAGUGUAAACCUGAAUGAAAUAAAUUUAAAUUAUUUAACGUGAAUCUGAGCACGAGCAUUCGUCAGCAAAUACCACAAACCGAAAUUCAAAACACAGAGACAGAGCUGUAUAUUUGAUAGGACCAACACAUACGCUGUGGUGAUAAAUUUUAAAGCAUUAAUCGAU